CCUGUUUUCCCUCUGUACUCCCCAGUGUUCAGGCUGAGAUCAGUGCUGAAGAUGAGGCAGGAACUCAGCAGCAAAAACCCAAACUCCUGAAGUCAAAAAAGUUUAGAAAUAUUCCUGCUCAAAAAGUGAUUUUGAUGGGAAUCCAAAUACAUUAUAUAGGAUUGACACAAGGAAGAUGGUCCCAGUUUGUCAAUGUCUUCUUUCAACAGUGCACGAUGACCAGAGUGAAGCAAUGUCCAACAGCAGCUCCAUCAGCCACUUCCUCCUGCUGCCAUUGGCACACACGCGGCAGCUGCAGCUCCUGCACUUCUGCCUCUUCCUGGCCAUCUCCCUGGCUGCCCUCCUGGCCAACGGCCUCAUCAUCAGCGCCGUAGCCUGCGGCCACCUCCUGCACAGCCCCAUGUUCUUCUUCCUGCUCAACCUGGCCCUCAGCGACCUGGGCUCCAUCCUCACCACUGUCCCCAAAGCCAUGCACAAUUCCCUCUGGGACACCAGCAACAUCUCCUACACAGGAUGUGCUGCACAGGUGUUUCUGUUUAUGUUUUUCAUCUCAGCAGAGUUUUCCCUGCUGAUGAUCAUGUGCUACGACCGCUACGUGUCCAUCUGCAAACCCCUGCACUACGGGACCCUCCUGGGCAGCAGAGCUUGUGCCCACAUGGCAGCAGCUGCCUGGGCCAGUGCCUUUCUCUACGCUCUGCUGCACACAGCCAAUACAUUUUCCCUGCCCCUGUGCCAUGGCAAUGCCCUGGGCCAGUUCUUCUGUGAAAUCCCACACAUCCUCAAGCUCUCCUGCUCCAAAUCCUACCUCAGGAAACUUGGGCUUCUUGCUUUUAGUGCCUGUUUGGUAUUUGCCUGUUUUGUGUUCAUUGUUUUCUCCUAUGUGCAGAUCUUCAGGGCUGUGCUGAGGAUCCCCUCUGAGCAGGGACGGCACAAAGCCUUUUCCACCUGCCUCCCUCACCUGGCCGUGGUUUCCCUGUUUGUCAGCACUGGCACAUUUGCCUACCUGAAGCCCCCCUCCAUCUCCUCCCCAUCCCUGGAUCUGUCAGUGUCAGUUCUGUACUCGGUGGUGCCUCCAGCCCUGAACCCCCUCAUCUACAGCCUGAGGAACCAGGAGCUCAAGGCUGCAGUGUGGAAACUGAUGACUCAACGAUUUCAGAAACAUUAAUAUCCUGGCCAAUUUCUUUCAAGUAAUUUGUAAUAAAAGUCAUCUUUAAUACUUCUCGCUGCUUUGAUUUUGGAGGUUAUUUC